GACUUUUUUCAGAGGUCAGGUCAUUCAUCUGCAUGAAAUGGUUGGAUGGAAACUUGAUUGGUGACGCUUAAGUGUGUUGAAUAUAACGGACGGACGCCCAUAAAAUAUACAUAGCCUCAUUUAUUUACCGGCUGUCGGGUAUUCAUUCAUAUAAGACCUGUCCUCGUGGUCAUAACCGUCUCUCCGGUGAACCAUGACGGGAUACCUGAGGGUUCUGUCCUCCGUCUCGAGGUAUGGAGCGACGUUUACCGAAAACCCUGCUAUGUUUGCGCCUGCUGCCGCCGUGUGCCAGAGUCUGCGACACAGAAACUAUGCAGUUAAGCGUAUCAAGGUGAACCAGCCGGUGGUGGAGAUGGAUGGAGAUGAGAUGACAAGGAUCAUCUGGGAGUUCAUCAAGGAGAAGCUGGUCCUGUCUAACGUGGACGUGGAGCUGAAGUAUUAUGACCUUGGUCUGCCGUGCCGCGACCAGACAGACGACCAGGUCACCAUUGACUCGGCCAUCGCCACCAUGAAGUACAACGUGGCUGUCAAGUGUGCCACCAUCACCCCGGAUGAAGCCAGAGUCGAUGAGUUCAAGCUGAAGAAGAUGUGGAAGAGUCCCAACGGAAGCAUCAGGAACAUUCUGGGUGGAACCGUCUUCCGAGAGCCGAUCAUCUGCAAGAACAUUCCCCGUCUGGUCCCUGGUUGGACGCAGCCAAUAACGAUCGGCAGACACGCCUUUGGUGACCAGUACAGAGCCACAGACUUUGUAAUCACCAAGCCAGGGAAGUUUAAGAUGGUGUUCACCCCAGCUGACGGCAGCAAGGGGAGUGAGUGGGAGGUCUUUGACUUCGUCUCAGGAGGCUGUGGGUUGGGCAUGUACAAUACUGAUGAGUCCAUCACAGGGUUUGCCCACAGCUGUUUCCAGUAUGCCAUCAAUAAGAGGUGGCCUCUAUACAUGAGCACUAAGAACACCAUCCUUAAGUACUACGACGGACGCUUCAAGGAUAUCUUCCAGGAGAUCUUUGAGGAGAACUACAAGCCAGAGUUUGACAGGCUGAAGAUCUGGUACGAGCACCGCCUCAUUGAUGACAUGGUGGCACAAGUCCUCAAGUCCUCCGGAGCCUUCGUCUGGGCCUGCAAGAACUACGAUGGAGAUGUUCAGUCUGACAUAUUGGCUCAAGGUUUUGGCUCCCUGGGUCUAAUGACGUCAGUGUUGGUGUGUCCUGAUGGGAAGACCAUUGAGGCAGAGGCAGCCCACGGCACUGUGACACGGCACUACCGCCAACACCAGAGGGGCCGACCCACCAGCACCAACCCCAUCGCCAGUAUCUUUGCCUGGACCAGAGGGCUGGAACACCGAGGGAAACUGGAUGGAAACCCAGACCUCAUCAGGUUCUCCCAGACUCUGGAGAGGGUGUGUGUGGAGAUCGUGGAGAGUGGUGUGAUGACCAAGGACCUGGCUGGCUGCAUCCACGGCCUGGCCAACUGCAAGCUGAAUGAACAUUACGUCAACACAUCAGACUUUCUGGACGCCAUCAGGAUCAACCUGGACAAGGCUCUGGGCAAGUGAAGAGGAGGACAACGCCACCACCACAAAACAAACUAACACUACCUUAGAUCAGUGUUGCUCCUCCAUUAGGGUUAGGUCUCUCCUCCGUUAGGGUUAGGUCUCUCCUCCGUUAGGGUUAGGUCUCUCCUCCGUUAGGGUUAGGUCUCUCCUCCGUUAGGGUUAGGUCUCUCCUCCGUUAGGGUUAGGUCUCUCCUCCGUUAGGGUUAGGUCUCUCCUCCAUUAGGGUUAGGUCUCUCCUCCGUUAGGGUUAGGUCUCAACCUGUUUAAGGCUCUGGGCAAGUGAAGAGGAGGACAAUGCCACCACCACAAAACAAACUAACACUACCUUAGAUCAGUGUUGCUCCUCCAUUAGGGUUAGGUCUCUCCUCCGUUAGGGUUAGGUCUCUCCUCCGUUAGGGUUAGGUCUCUCCUCCGUUAGGGUUAGGUCUCUCCUCCGUUAGGGUUAGGUCUCUCCUCCGUUAGGGUUAGGUCUCUCCUCCGUUAGGGUUAGGUCUCUCCUCCGUUAGGGUUAGGUCUCUCCUCCGUUAGGGUUAGGUCUCAACCUGGACAAGGCUCUGGGCAAGUGAAGAGGAGGACAACGCCACCACCACAAAACAAACUAACACUACCUUAGAUCAGUGUUGCUCCUCCAUUAGGGUUAGGUCUCUCCUCCGUUAGGGUUAGGUCUCUCCUCCGUUAGGGUUAGGUCUCAACCUGGACAAGGCUCUGGGCAAGUGAAGAGGAGGACAACGCCACCACCACAAAACAAACUAACACUACCUUAGAUCUGUGUUGCUGCCAUGUUGUGGUGUCUCUCUGUAGUGUUGUGGUGUCUCUCUGUAGUGUUUCUCUGUAGUGUUGUGGUGUCUCUCUGUAGUGUUGUGGUGUCUCUCUGUAGUGUUUCUCUGUAGUGUUGUGGUGUUUCUCUGUAGUGUUGUGGUGUCUCUCUGUAGUGUUGUGGUGUCUCUCUGUAGUGUUUCUCUGUAGUGUUGUAGUGUUUCUCUGUAGUGUUGUGGUGUCUCUCUGUAGUGUUGUGGUGUCUCUCUGUAGUGUUGUGGUGUCUCUCUGUAGUGUUGUGGUGUCUCUCUGUGGUGUUUCUCUGUAGUGUUGUGGUGUUUCUCUGUAGUGUUGUGGUGUCUCUAUGUAGUGUUGUGGUGUCUCUAUGUAGUGUUGUGGUGUCUCUCUGUGGUGUUUCUCUGUAGUGUUGUGGUGUUUCUCUGUAGUGUUGUGGUGUCUCUCUGUAGUGUUGUGGUGUCUCUCUGUAGUGUUGUGGUGUCUCUCUCUCUGUAGUGUUGUGGUGUUUCUCUGUAGUGUUUCUCUGUAGUGUUGUGGUGUCUCUCUGUAGUGUUGUGGUGUCUCUCUGUAGUGUUGUGGUGUCUCUCUUUAUGUAGUGUUGUCUCUCUUUAUGUAGUGUUGUGUUGUCUCUAUGUAGUGUUGUGUCUCUCUAUGUAGUGUUGUGGUGUCUCUAUGUAGUGUUGUGUCUCUCUAUGUAGUGUUGUGGUGUCUCUCUGUAGUGUUGUGGUGUCUCUCUCUAUGUAGUGUUGUGGUGUCUCUCUCUAUGUAGUGUUGUGGUGUCUCUCUCUAUGUAGUGUAAGUCGCUCUGGAUAAGAGCGUCUGCUAAAUGACUUAAAUGUAAAUGUAGUGUUGUGUCUCUCUAUGUAGUGUUGUGGUGUCUCUCUGUAGUGUUGUGGUGUCUCUAUGUAGUGUUGUGGUGUCUCUAUGUAGUGUUGUGGUGUCUCUCUGUAGUGUUGUGGUGUCUCUAUGUAGUGUUGUGGUGUCUCUAUGUAGUGUUGUGGUGUCUCUAUGUAGUGUUGUGGUGUUUCUCUGUGUAGUGUUGUGGUGUCUCUAUGUAGUGUUGUUUCUCUGUGUAGUGUUGUGGUGUCUCUCUCUAUGUAGUGUUGUGGUGGUUCUCUGUGUAGUGUUGUGGUGUCUCUCUCUAUGUAGUGUUGUGGUGUCUCUAUGUAGUGUUGUUUCUCUGUGUAGUGUUGUGGUGUCUCUAUGUAGUGUUGUGGUGUCUCUCUCUAUGUAGUGUUGUGUUGUCUCUAUGUAGUGUUGUGGUGUUUCUCUGUAGUGUUGUGGUGUCUCUGUGUAGUGUUGUGGUGUCUCUCUGUAGUGUUGUGGUGUCUCUAUGUAGUGUUGCGUCUCUCUAUGUAGUGUUGUGUCUCUCUAUGUCGUGUUGUGGUGUCUCUAUGUAGUGUUGUGGUGUCUCUCUCUCUGUAGUGUUGUGGUGUCUCUCUGUAGUGUUGUGGUGUCUCUCUCUAUGUAGUGUUGUGGUGUCUCUCUCUAUGUAGUGUUGUGGUGUCUCUCUCUAUGUAGUGUUGUGGUGUCUCUCUCUAUGUAGUGUCUCUCUCUAUGUAGUGUUGUGGUGUCUCUCUCUAUGUAGUGUUGUGGUGUCUCUAUGUAGUGUUGUGGUGUCUCUCUCUAUGUAGUGUCUCUCUCUAUGUAGUGUUGUGGUGUCUCUCUCUAUGUAGUGUUGUGGUGUCUCUAUGUAGUGUUGUGGUGUCUCUCUGUAGUGUUGUGGUGUCUCUCUGUAGUGUUGUGGUGUCUCUCUCUAUGUAGUGUUGUGGUGUCUCUCUCUAUGUAGUGUUGUGGUGUCUCUCUUUAUGUAGUGUUGUGGUGUCUCUCUUUAUGUAGUGUUGUGGUGUCUCUCUCUAUGUAGUGUUGUGGUGUCUCUCUCUAUGUAGUGUUGUGGUGUCUCUCUCUAUGUAGUGUUGUGGUGUCUCUCUCUAUGUAGUGUUGUGGUGUCUCUCUCUAUGUAGUGUUGUGGUGUCUCUCUCUAUGUAGUGUUGUGGUGUCUCUCUCUAUGUAGUGUUGUGGUGUCUCUCUGUAGUGUUGUGGUGUCUCUCUCUAUGUAGUGUUGUGGUGUCUCUCUCUAUGUAGUGUUGUGGUGUCUCUCUCUAUGUAGUGUUGUGGUGUCUCUCUCUAUGUAGUGUUGUGGUGUCUCUCUCUAUUGUUGUGGUGUCUCUCUCUAUGUAGUGUUGUGGUGUCUCUCUCUAUGUAGUGUUGUGGUGUCUCUCUCUAUGUAGUGUUGUGGUGUCUCUCUCUAUGUAGUGUUGUGGUGUCUCUCUCUAUGUAGUGUUGUGGUGUCUCUCUCUAUGUAGUGUUGUGGUGUCUCUCUCUAUGUAGUGUUGUGGUGUCUCUCUCUAUGUAGUGUUGUGGUGUCUCUCUCUAUGUAGUGUUGUGGUGUCUAUGUUUGUUCUUAAUUGACUUGCCUUUAAAAUAUAUAUUUUUAAAUUACAUUAACCCUAGUACAAAACAGACAAUCAAAAAAAUUGCAUCCGUACAAGUUUUUGACCUUGUUUAUGUAGUGUUAACCUAACUUGUUUUGACCCCAAUAUUUCAAUUAGCUGUGUAUCCUGUUUGAAGGGAACACGUUUAAUAUUUUCCUGACAGUUUGUGCUAUGGACUAUUUGUGCCAAUCAGAUGUGUUACUAAUAGUGUGUUUCUCUGCCUUCCCAUUGACAGGGGAGAUUUGUCAAAUCAUUUUAUUUUCUUGUCUGUGGUCCAAUACAUUCUGGAUUCAUAUGAUUAAUAACCUAUUAUUCAUAUAAUGAGAUCAAUACCAGGGAUCAAUUUAAAACAACCAUUUCAAUUAAGCGUAGAUUACUCUUGAAUGUUGUAUAAAAUUCAGAAUAAUUCUCAAUAAAUGCAGUAUGUACAGUCA